CAGACGUGGUGCAAAUCCAGCACACGGCCCAGACCCAGACCGAAGCAUUGUCGCUCUCUCGUCCACGCAACGCAGGCAAUGACCUUUUUCCAGACACCGUCAAGCUAAUAAGGGGAAAAAAAGGACCACCAAAAUUCUGACCCGUUGCGACAUGCGAUAACACGGUCGACCAUCUUGUCGUUCAUUAUCUGAGUCGCACGACAUCUCCGAGCUCCUUUUUUAUUUUUAUUUUUUAUUUUGUGAUACCCCCCCGGCAGUGAAAAGAAGAAGAAGAAGAAAGCCUUUCGAGAAUGGACCAGACAGCAACAGCCGCCGGGUCGGCUUCGGCCACCGAAAACACGCCACUGCUCCCCACGGCAGAGGUCCGCCCCAAGUCGUCGCGUACCGUCACCUUCAACCCGAACCCCGUCUCCAAGACGAUAGAGCCCGAGCCCGACUUCCAACGAUCCAAGGCGGGCCAUGGCAACAACAGCUUGUCGGCGAGCCCCGGACAGAGCCCCGGACAGAGCUCCGCCCUGGCCUCCAUCAACAACAAGCUGCGGAGGAGGAACAGCCACGGAGCGGUGCCGAGCCACAUACCACCCCAGAUGGUGCCCAAGAUCGGUCCGCAGCGAAGCACCAAGAAUGCGCAAAAGCUCAAGCUGCUCCCCAACCCCGAGCUCAACGAAGAGAGCCCGGACGAGGAGAGCGGCAGGGACGUGUACUCGCAGUAUACCCGGAUCAAGGACCCCACGGCGCGCAGAGAUGCCGCGCGCCUGGGCAAGGCGGACCGCGAUCGGCUGCCGAGGGUGACGGCGUACUGCACGGCCAACAAGUACCAGAUGGACGGCCUGAUGCGUUUCCUCAAGGGCCGGGGCAAAUCGAGGGGCGCCAACCCGAAGCUGAUCGACGAGUGCAUCUACUCGGCGUACGACUACAGCAAGACCGUCGAGAACAGGCACGACCGCAGAGUAGGCGCCCAACCCGACCCGGUACAGGCGUACGAGAGGCGGCACUCGACGGGCGACGUCUCGGACAACGGCUUCUCUCGCGACAACCUCAUCGACCUCCAGUCGGAAGGCCGGCAGGACUCUGGCUUUGUCGACGGGUUCGACGGAGGCAACGACGAGCACGCCUUGGUCGAGACCAACCCGGACUUCGACACCCAGGUCCACACCCCGGAGGUCUUCCUAUUCGACUACGGGGUCGUCGUCAUAUGGGGCAUGACCUUGGCCCAGGAGCAGAGGUUCCUGAAGGAGAUUGCCAAGUUCGAGACGGAGAAGCUGUCGGUGGAUGACGUCGAGACGGAGCACUUCAACUUUUACUACACGCGCGAAUACCAAGCGCGUAUCUACAACGACUUCAUCACGCUGCGGGACAAGCGGAACUACAUGACCAAGCUGGCCAUCUCCCACGCGCUGGCACAGAGCGUCAAGACGUCCCUGUUUGAAGAGUUGAUCGCCUCGACCGUCGACACGUGCAAAGACAUCCCUACCCAGAUCGCGUUGACGGGCAAGAUCGCCCUCAGCCGCACGCAAAUCAACAUGCAGAUCGGCGAGCUCUUCAUUCUCCGCAUCAACAUCCAUCUCAACGGUUCCGUGCUCGACACGCCGGAGCUGUUUUGGGUCGAGCCCCAGCUCGAACCCGUGUACCAGGCCGUUCGGAGCUACCUGGAGAUGGACCAACGUGUCGGCCUCCUGAACGAGCGUCUGGACGUCAUUGCCGACUUGUUGGCCGUGCUGAAGGACCAGCUCAGUCACGGUCACGGAGAGAAGUUGGAGUGGAUUGUAAUUGUACUCAUUGCGGCCGAGAUUGUCGUCGCAGCCAUCAACAUCGUGGUGGAUUUGUAUGCAUCGGAUUAGCAACAUGGUACUACUACUGUACGCAUAGGUUGGGGGCCAUCUUUGUUUCGUCUCUUCUCUUUCUUACGGCAGCGAUUCAUCACAGGUAGGGAAAAGCUCGGCGAUCGGAGGUAUAUCACAAUCAGGCCACACAGAACACCCGGGAGCUCCGUCAUGCGGCGCAAUAGAGAGGAGCUUCACGGCGCAGAUCGCGCAGAACGGGGGGGUGUGUAAUCAAAUCGGCAGCAAACGCCUCCUUUUUUUUUAUUCUUCUUUCCAGCAGUCGAUUAAUGUGUCUCGUGUUGUACAAAUAAGCAAAGAAUUUUCUACCCGCGAAGCCCUUCCCAUCCCCCCAACGCCU